AUGCUUCAACAUUCAAGAGUAGAAUACCAUUCAACAAAUCUGGAAUAUAUCAUCAAUCAUGUGUUUUGCCCCCUCAAGUUGCCGCAAGGGAGUGACCAUUCCCUUGAGAACGACCUGGCCUUAUCUCAGGUAGUACUGGACACUGCUCUCGCCUUCAGCGACGAGCUCCCGUCUGCUAAGCAGCUGCUCUGGGCGAGCAGCGUGAAAAUGCUUCGGAACCUCAAAGAUUCAAUCAGAUUCAGCGUGAUGUCUCCAAAGGAUGUCGAAUCUCAGAUCAAUGCUAUGAACAACAAUGAUGUGCUUGUAUACAUGAUUCGUGCACAAAACGCUGCAGUGCUCAUGAGAAAACUCAAAUCUGAGACCAUAUUCGAAUCAUUCGAGAUUUCUCCCGACCCCACCGCAGUGAUGAGCGCAAAGGGAAAGCUGAUUUGUUCGUAUCCUGGACCUGCUAUCACAGUCCCGGAUACGAUCAUUCACAACGCUACCUUUCCCGCUGAGCUCGCGAAUUUUCUCACCCGCAUGGAUCGAGAUGUCCUUGAUGCGGCAGCAACGAGGGAAAAAGCCGGGUCCACCGUUGCCGAAGAGAGGGAUACCGCUCAUCCUCGAUACAUCACUGAACUCUUGACCGGUAUACUGCGUGGCCUCGGGAGCGUUGCUGACGUUCCUCGCAUCCGCAAGCGCAUCGGAGAUGAUGUGCUGUGGGACAGCGCGAAAUUGCCAUGGAGGCGGUCUCCACUCUGGCUUGUAAUUCGCGUUGCCUUACAGACGACUCUGGAGCGCUGUGCUCUCGGACGAACGACGUAUAAAUCGUUCAUACUGUUUUCCAUGGCGAGGCUCACGACCCUUUCCCUCGACUGUGACUUGCCAAAUGAUACCCUACACUUCAUGUCAGCUAAGAUUGCACGCCGUCUUUUCAAACUUGGAUCCUCUGCUUCUCCGGAAUUAUCGCAGAUGGUCUGUACAGUCACCAGUGACGUGAGGAGUAUCCUAGAGGGAAGAUGGGGAUAUGUCCAAGACGCGCAACAGGCCUCACCUCGUUGGGCUCCCGAGACUCUCCAAGUCUUGAGAGACACUCAUAUUUCCUUAAACACGAGCCGAGAGUACAUAUGCCAAGCUUUGCAGAAUCAGCAUUCGUCCUUCCAACCGACCUCAUUCAACCCCAGCUACCGCUUGCGCGGGACAAUCGAUGAUUUCCUUGACGCUGAUGCUAGUUUUUUGGUAGCUGCUCAUGCCGCAGAACCAUCCCUUUCCCUCAUAGACUUCGAGACAGUCGUCAGAUCAGGGAUCGACGGCUGGGUUGCGCGUGUUUCAUUUCAGAAUAUCGAUUCUGCAUGCGUCUCGAUCGAGGCAGCGCUGGACGCUUACAAGGAAAACCCGGAGAAUUUGUCGAUUAUGCUUCUUACUCUUUUCGAGCUCUGGGUAGCCAUGGACAAGACCGUUAUUCGACAGAUCCCACUCCUGACAGAAUAUCCCCCCGAAAUCCCACUGGCCCUUUGGGAGCAUCUGCUGAUCCGCCAAUCUUCGGCCCUUGAUCGUUUAAAGCACCAUCUGUCGGCGUUCUCGUCUACCGACGAUGACAAGUCGUUCGCAGCGCGCUACUUUUACCAGUCAUACAAGCUGCGGGAUUUGAAGCUGUCCAUUGAGGCGGACGCCCAAGAGGAGCGAGAGAAGAAGUUGACUGAGCUUCGGAUCCUCAACGAGAACGCAGCAAACUCAUCACACCUAUACGGUGUCAACUCCCGCGGCUGGGAAUACCAUGCAUCUUACUGUCCAAAGUGUGGCCUGGAGAUUCACGAGUGGCCUCUGCCACAGCCAUGCCCCGCCGCGUUCGACGCGUGGAGAUCUAUGACAUUCCAUGUCCUCAUUUCGCCCACUCCUCCCUUCAUGAAACUACCCCAAUACGAUGCCUUGCAGAAAUACCGCCAGUGCCAUCCAAGGCAAAGGCUGACUUUGGCCAACUCCCAUUAUAGCCGCCCCAACAUUCCCACGGUGCACGACAGGUUUCGGCCUUUCGAUAUAACCACAGAUGCAUGGGUGGCCGACGGACCAUAUGAUGAUUUGCAGCGGUACCUUGCAGGAACGUCCCACACGUCGAACGAGGUCAUUGCCAAUCAGGCAGAUUGUCACAAGGACAUGACCAUCCACGAUGGACCGCGAUUGCAAUGGAUGAAUGUGCUACGCGAACUCCACAUUCAUCUACUGUUAGCGCAGGCUGUUUCACAGGUUGGCCCACUUUCCAUGCCCUUCAUUGAUGCACUACUUGGAGAGCUGGAGUAUUUGAUGGCAAGCGUCGAAGGAAAUUGGUUGGAAGGUGUCACGAUCGGCACUAUCAUCAUGCUCGUGUGCCGCGUCUUGUCCUCGACUCAAGAAGAGAGUAUGAGAACCUUCACGUUACUGAGGCAGCUUUCCUCGAAAAUGCAAGCCAGCGACGACGAGACAGUCAGUCAGAAUUUACAAGGACGUGUUCGUGACAUGGCAGUCACAUGUCGGAGCACAUUUGACAUUGACGGAGACGCUUCGCUGCACCUCACGUCGAACGACGACAUGAAGGUGUUUGCAUAUUGCGCGGUCGUGAUUUAUGACAACACUCCGAGCCAACCGAGCGAUCUCUCACAACAUUCCAAGCUCCUGCUAGAGCGAGACAAGAGAUGCUGUCACGCUUUAGAACCCACUGUUCGUCGAUAUGCAGAGCUUCACAAGGAGGGUCUUGAUUGCGCGAUUGCGGAGAUUUGGAGCGGCUACAGACCAGGAAAUCUUUGGAGGGCAUUGCCAGCUCCGAAUUCUCGUUGGCUUGUGACACAGACUGCGCCUUCGUAUUCCCAAUCACCACAGGACGUGCACUUCAAUUUGGUUAGUGGGUGCUUGCUGGUCGACGGGAAGCAGCUGGGCAGGCUCCCGUCAGUGAUAGUGCAACACCCCACAUACCAGUCGAUUUUCGGUAAUCAAAUUCUGGACAUCGUUCCAGCUGAUAUUCCUGGAAUGGAGUAUGCGACACGCGGGAAUGUCUGCGACUAUCAUGUUAGUCACCCUUGUUUUCAUCGCUCAGUGUCUUUCGCUCUCCGCGACUCCAACGAUCUCAUCGUCCGCGCGAAGCAUAUCGACAAAGGCUCACCUAUUCUUCAGCUCAUUCCGAGCCAAAAAUUUGUGGAUGACCUCCCGACGCCCUUGAUAGUAGGUCACACUCAUUGGCUUAACUUGCGCACGAGCGAAAUCGAGAUUCGGCCAGCAGAAUAUUGCUGGAAGUCUUCGCCUGAAAAUUGGGUCCUGCGAUUUGCUGUUGUGGGCUCCUCGACGCUGCAGAAUGCCGGUGGUGCCACUGCUCUUGUCGACAUACACAGCCAAACUUGGGACAUGAUCUCCAAGAGGAUACAUCCUCUGGAGGACGCCCGCUGCAUCAUGGUCACAUAUAACAAAGGAUCCAGCAGCACUCCCUUUUUGAAGGCCGACUUACCUCGAUAUGGUCUUGAAUUCUUCGUCGAUGAGGAUGGAGAACUCCAGUCCCGCAAUAUGCGCAACAUGGUCGUUGAUGUCAUUCAGUCUACUGGAACGAUGUUGGGAUUGGUCAAUCAACUCAUCUUGCGUUCGAAGUCGCAAAUCGCGGAUGAGCAUCCGCGCACCGUCAUCAUCCCAGACGGUCGUAUCUCAUACUCCGCUAAUGGUCAUCACGUUCGGGUUACCAUUGCUCCUGAAGACACCCGAGUGGCGUACCACUUGUACAGGGUUGAUGCAGAUCUACGAUGUCUCACUGGGAACGCAGGUCUGACGAGCAAGCUCUAUCAAGCGCUCCUCCACGCUGUUACGAGCGGCUGUCUCCCUGAUCCCUUGACAGGUCGAACAGGGUCCGAGGAGGCAUUAUAUAUCUUGCAUUCCGCAGCUUGCCGCUCAUUCAUGAAGCUUCGGUCUCGUGAUACAGAUCUUUUAUCCAAGAUCAGUUCUCUGUCAACCAGGCGCAUCUGGUAUCCCACUAAUCUUCGGAAGAUGCAGACAGUUUCGUGGUCGUCCCUCGCGUCCCUUGCACAGCACCACGGUUUUCAUCCAGCCGCGAAAUCUAUCAUGGACUACGGGAUGCAGCUUUCAACUUUCUCAGAAGAGUCUUCAAACUCCCGUCCUAGCUUUGAUCUUCCGCCAUCCAUUGACCACCUCCUUGAGCGUGCAUCCAUUCGUGCCUCGGCAGUCUAUCCCGAUCAAUUCUCUUUGCCACUUUCGCAUGUUAGCACAGAUGACAUUUAUGCUUCACGUGACGUGUCUGGUGGGCAUGCGGAAGAGCGGGCAUAUCGCACCGCCUUCAUGGUACACCAGUGGCCAAGCAGGCUUCAGGUGCAACGGGAUCUCCUUAGUUUGUUGAUUCAGUGGAAAGAUGUCCAGGGCAUUGGCAAACCGCUGAGCUUACAAUACUCCAAAGACUGGCUUCAACCGAAUUUUCCUCAAACACACUUGCAAGACGACCAUGCGCUUGUCCCUACACUCCUAGCCUUUGCCACAGUUCCCGAAAUUCGUAGUCUGGGUGACCCACCGAAGUUCACCUCCUAUACUUUCUCGGAUGGUUUCAUGCCGUCCGACGCGAUAUUAGACAACAUCGAGAGAUACCUAGUUGGAAGGCCCUGCGAAGAUGAAAGGGCUUUGGGGACGCGUCGUUAUUCAGCUUUCCAAGACAAGUGUCGCACUGAAAAGCAGCUCAUUCUCAGCAAAGUUCGGGACGCUUGGCCGUGCGAAGAUCCUCCGGCACUCAAUACGCUGCAAGUUAACUGUUACAAUCUCAAUGAUCUAUCGGAGCAACUUCGCUCAGUAUUUCACAGCUGUUGGCGAAACCGUUGCCUGAAACAACACCUGGAUACUUGGAUGUUGCUUCACCGGCCUCAUCUAGAUUCGCCUGAUAUACGCAUGUGCGGGUCUUCCCAAUUUCUGCACGAUUCCAAUCGGAGCGAUUUGGUAUCUUCGAACUCCGUAGUUACAGCGAGGUUGCAGCAGCUGAUCCACGACUUUCGCGACCGAGGAAGUAACAAAUUCCACCGUAAAUACGCUGAUGAUCUGGACCAGAGCAGGUUGAUUUUUUGUGAAGAAAAGAUCGCUCCUCAACCAGAUUCUACGCCGUACACGAUGGAAGUACUGCUUGAGUACCAUUCUCUCCAUAGUCGGCAAUUCCAAGACUCGCUCGAAACCAUCGUACGCGCCCUCUCCCCUACUUCUGCUGCUGAGAACGCAUUAUACAAUGCUGGGUUGUGGCCCCGAGUUACACCAAACUUCCUCUUCACUCACAUGGCUUCUGUAUCAAGAAAUCGUUUGGGGCAGGCUUGGCAUACGACUCUCGUCCGCCUGUCACAGAUACUGUUGCAACUGCAACGCUCGCGAAGGCUGCUCAUCUUUGCCGCUAAGAAAAACUGGGUCGAGUUCUUCAAGGAAUUGGAGAACGAAGAAUGCGAUGGAUUCGAUCCGGAGCUCUACCCCGACUGGCUCUUAAUACAGAUUGAAAGCCAGUUCUUGGCACGACCUCUCCAAUUGAAGGUUGCGCUAGAAAUGAUGUCGCCAUGCACGGGAACAAAUACUUCUCUCCAACUGAACAUGGGCGAAGGGAAAUCCUACGUCAUCGUUCCCCUCGCCGCCGCCGCACUUUCUGAUGCUCACAAAUUAUCAUUGUCUGCUCAGAUGUUCCAGCUCCUGGUUGAACGACUGAGCGGCCUUGCACAGAGGCGCAUUUUCUAUAUUCCAUUCUCCCGCACGCUCUCUAUUGGCUCGUCGAAGGUGCAAAUGUAUCGUGACCUGAUGCAAGAAUGCAUGGACAGUAGGGGCAUUCUGGUGGUGCAACCGGACCAUAUUCUUUCAUUCCACUUGAUGGCUGUUGACCGUCAGCUGCCCCCUCAGACUGAAGUUGCUGAAGAUAUACUGCAGACUCAGCUGUGGCUCGAUGAUCACACUCGCGACAUCCUAGACGAAAGCGACGAAAUUCUGCACGUCCGCUACCAACUGGUGUACACCGUCGGUCUCCAAAGGUCGCUUCAAGGUUAUCCAGAACGGUGGACGACUACACAACAAGUGUUGAGUCUUGUCGCAAAGCAUGCUCCUCGCCUAAUGAGUGAAUUUCCCUCUCACUCAGAAGUAUCUAUUCGCAAGCAUGGAACAUUUCCCUUCAUUCGAGUUCUGCACUCGACAGCAGGUGAAAAUUUGGUCCAAUGGAUCGCACAGGAUGUCAUCAGCGGAGCACUUGGAAACAUCAACUUCGAUCAAGCAUCUCUCUCCGUCAAACAAGCUGUCCGCCAGUUCAUCGCAACCGAGGAGAUAUCCAACACUUGUAUCGGCUUAGUAGAGGAGCGCUAUAGAGAUACCACCGUCUGGCCCGGCCUCCUAGUCUUGCGUGGACUACUGGCCUGUGGUAUUUUGGUGUACGCCCUCAAAGAACGUCGCUGGCGAGUGGACUAUGGCCUCGCCCCAAAACGAACGAUGUUAGCCGUUCCAUUCCGUGCUAAAGACAUGCCCUCGCUGCGGGCAGAGUUUGGUCAUCCGGACAUUGCUGUCACCCUCACGUGCUUGUCAUACUACUAUGCGGGCCUCACGCUCCAGCAGCUGAUGUUGUGCUUCGAGCUUCUGCUGAAGCAGGAUAAUCCCGCCCUCGAGUAUGAAUCCUGGGUGCUUGGACUUCAGUCCGUCCCAGAAAGUCUACGCCACCUUAGCGGUAUCAAUACAGAAUCCGCGGAGCAGCUCCGUGACCUCCAGCAACUGUUCGCAUCCAACAAGGCAGUCAUAGAUUUCUACCUGUCUCGAGUAGUUUUUCCCAAGGAAGCCAAGGGAUUCCCCAACAAGCUCACCUGCUCCGGGUGGGAUCUCGCUCAAGAGAAGAGACAUCUCACAACCGGCUUUUCUGGUACAAACGACAAUCGCUAUCUGCUACCAAGCUCAAUGCGCAGCACGAACGCUCGAGUCCUAGCAUUUCUUCUUCGCCCAGAAAACGACUGCCUACAGAUGCAUACCGCCCGGCCAAAAUCCAAGCGCGACGCCCAAGCUGCAGUCUUCGUCAAUGACGACGAUGAAAUCGUCAUUGUUAGUCGGAAUGGGACGGUUGAGCCCUUUGCAUCGUCCCCCUUUUCCCAGCAGCUCGAUCAGUGCGUCGUAUAUCUAGACGACGCCCAUACUAGAGGAACAGAUGUCAAGCUACCUUCCGGUUUCCGAGCUGCUGUCACGCUUGGCCCCAAAGUCACGAAAGACCGCCUGACCCAAGGAUGCAUGCGAAUGCGGAAGCUGGGAAAUGGGCACUCAGUAAUGUUCUUCGCUCCGACUGAAGUUGAUCGGAGCAUUCGUUCGGCGACUCAGAAAGCCAAUACCGACUGUGUCGAUGUGGCAGACAUCCUGUAUUGGGCGAUGCGCGAAACCUGUCUUGAUAUUCAGAUGCGUGCAUCCCACUGGGCUCAACAGGGAUCGGACUUCAGUACGCGGCAUUCCGCGUGGAUUCAAUUCUCGCACGCCCCUACCACUUCGAUUUCCACCCUGGAGACAGCCUGGUUGCAGCCAGAGGAGCGUUCAUUGGAGGAUCUAUACGCACCACGCAGUUCUUUACAGCUAUCCCAGGUUUGCGAUCCAGACGUUCAAAAGAAGUGCGAGGAGCUCGGAGUUCUAUUGGCUCCCGAAAGGAGUAUGGAUGAGGAACAAGAAAGGGAGAUAGUGCACGAGGUGGAGAGAGAACGUCAAGUGGAAAGGCCGCCCAGGGUAGAACCUGCAGCCCACGAGCUGCACGCGCACGUUCUUCAAUUCGUCCAGACCGGCCAAAUUCCCGCGGGAUCUUCUGCGUUCAUUCCAGAGGAUGAUUAUCUGCGACCCGUCAAUUGGGUUAUAAUCAUGCUGGUGGUCGUGAGCCCGUACGAAGCAAACACACUGCUACCUGAUAUCCGCAGAAGCAAUGCAGUCCACCUGUGCAUCUACACUCCUCGCACCACAAAAAAUAUGCAGGCAUGCAAUGACCUUCGACUCUACUGUGUUCCUUCGACGCCACGGUUGACACCACAAGAUCCUCUGAUUUUCCAGCUCGACCUUUUUGCAGGCCAGCUCUAUUUCUCAAAUUAUGAGAUGUAUCUCCGCGUUUGCAGCUUCUUAGGACUUAACGCGCCAGAUUUGGGGGACAAGGACUUGAUAGCUGAUAGCGAUGGAUUCAUCAGCGAGGAGAAUCGCCCUUCUGCGAGAGCAUCGUGCUCGUUCAAGCGAUCCCAGCUUCCCGCACUGAAGGAGUUGUUCGGAAUGAGAAGGAAAGGCAUGGGGUAUCUUCCAACUCACGUCGGAAAGAUGCUCAAUGGCCGCAUUCUGACUGAGGAGGAUUUUCUCGACUGA